AUGGUGGCGGAUCAGAAUUAUGACUAUCUCUUCAAGAUAGUUCUCAUCGGCGACUCCAACGUCGGUAAGUCGAACCUUUUAGACAGGUUCGUAAAGGGCAAUUUCAAGCUCGACUCCAAAAGCACCAUUGGCGUCGAGUUCGCCACGAAAAAUGUCACGCUCAACAACGGAAAAAUCGCAAAGGCACAAAUUUGGGACACCGCCGGACAGGAGAGGUACCGUGCCAUCACCUCGGCUUACUACCGCGGAGCCAUGGGUGCCAUCAUAGUCUAUGACAUUGCCUGCAAGGCGAGCUUCAGUAGCGUUUCGAAGUGGCUCACGGAGUUGCACGACUACGCAGAUGCGAACAUCACUAUAUGCCUUGUCGGAAACAAAAGCGACCUCACUCACCUGCGUGAGGUCGCAAAGGAGGAUGGAGAGGCAUUUGCAAACGAAAACGACCUCAUAUUCUUCGAGACGUCGUGUCUGAACAGCGAAAACGUCGACGUGGCAUUUAAGGAAUUGCUCAGCAAAAUCAGCGAUAAGAACACGAGAUUCGACGACGGGGGCGCCUCGCUUACUGAUGCGCAGAUGCCGAAGAACACGGUCGUUCUCGGCGUCAAAGGCGGCAAAAGGAAGAAAGGGAAGUGCUGUUGA